AUGUCGAGCAUUAUUCACAAAGUCAAGGAUGCCGUGACCGGUCAUCACCACGAUGAAUCCAAGACAUCCAGCAGCAAGGUUGAUGAUGCCCGCGAUACCUACGGAUCUUCACAAAACACCACGGACAAUGCCUCUAGCAAACACACGUCUAGUGGCGCAGGCUCCAAUACCUAUGGCUCCGGCUCUGGAGCCGGCUAUGAUAAUGCAAACACCACCGGUUCUGGAGGCUAUGGCAGUGGUACUGGCACCGGUGGCUUAAAUUCAGGCUCCGGCUAUGGGACAGGUACCUCCACCGGUGCUGGAGCUGGAGGCUACGGCACUGGUGCUAGCACUGGCCACAGUGGCCAUGGCUCUAGCACCAUUCAUGACUCCCGCAAGGGCCCAAUUGAUGCCAGCUCCGGAACAUCUGGAAACUACGGCAGCAAAUCUGAUACCUACGGAUCCAACACUGCUGGCGGAUAUGGCUCAUCCAACACUGGCUCCAGCACCACCAAUGCUGGACCCCAUGACUCUAAGAUAGCCAACAAGCUUGAUCCUCGUGUCGAUAGCGAUCUUGACAACCGAGGAAAGCACGCUGGAACUACAGGAUCCAGCAACACCUACGGCAGCAACACUGGCCGCUCUACCGGAGAGACCGGCUAUGGCUCCAGCAACACUGGCCACUCCUCGGGACAGACCGGCUAUGGCUCCAGUGACACCUACGGCAGCAACACUGGCCACUCUUCUGCUGGAAAGACUGGAUAUGGCUCCAGCAACACUGGUCACUCUUCUGGACAGGCCGGUUAUGGCUCCAGUGACACCUACGGCAGCAACACUGGCCACUCUUCUGCUGGACAGACUGGCUAUGGCUCCAGCGAUACCUAUGGCGGCACCACUGGACAGGCUGGCCACACCAACCCUUUGACUGGCGGCACCUCUGGUCACUCUUCUGGACAGACUGGCUAUGGCUCCAGUGAUACCUACGGUAGCACUACCGGUCAUGGCUCCAGCAACCCCCUGACUGGUGGCACCACCGGUCACUCCACUGGACAAUCCGGAUAUGGCUCGAGCAAGCCUCUCUCUGGUAGCGACAACUAUGGUAGCUCCACCAGCCACUCCACUGGACAAACUGGCUACGGUUCCAGCAACCCUGUGUCUGGAAGCACCGGCCACUCCACUGGACAGUCCACCUAUGGUUCAAGCAAGCCUCUGUCUGGUAGCGACAACUAUGGUAGUACCACCGGUCAGUCUGGCUAUGGCUCGAGCAACACUGCGUCUGGUAGCGACAACUACGGUAGUAACGCUGGCCGUUCCACUGGACAGUCUGGCUAUGGCGCCAAUGACUCUUAUGGAGCUGGCGGUGGCACCGGCUAUAGCGACCAAACCUCGAAGACUGGAAAGACCACUGGUCCCCACGGGUCUGAUCUGUUGAACAAGCUUGACCCCAGAGUUGAUGAGAACGCGGCGUUUGGCAGCCAGCGCAACUACUAG